AUGUCCCGCUCAGCGAGUAAUAGUAAGUUUAAUGCAGGUCUGGGGAUGAAAAGCAAUGGCGGCGGUGUGCCAUUGAAUGCGGGCCCUAAACCCUCCUCCGCACAAUUACAAACUAACCAACAGGUUAAUCCAAUGCGUACGAUCCAUCCAACAAGCAGUUAUGCACCAUCCUAUUUGAUCGAUCUAAUUCCAGAACUGGGUUCCUACCAGCAACUACUGGAAGCGGAAAAAAAACUGGAUGUAUAUUUAGCGAGAAAGAAAGUGGACCUGUAUCAGAGCAUCUCUCAAUGGAAUAACAACUCGAAACAGCCACAGAGUUCCUUUAGUCAUUAUGAUAAGGACCAAGUGAGAUAUUUACGUAUAUUUGUGUCCAAUAUUGCGGAAAACCAACCUUGGCAGCAGCAGCAGAGUAAAGAAAGCACUAAGGAAGAUGCAACAGAGAAACCGGAGGAAAAAUCUACGGAACCCUCUUGGACUCUGCGGAUUGAGGGUAGACUGAUCGAUGAUACAUCGGGGGAGAGUCCUGAAAGAGCUAAGUUUUCCUCCUUUAUACAGGAUAUCGCUGUCGAUUUCAAAAAGAUUGAAGUGAAACAGGAUGAAGAGAGAGAGGAAGAGGUUACGGGCGCCAGUAACUCUAUUACAACACAGAAUACUCAGCCAGAUGUGUCCGAGAGCUUCCUCAAUGAUGGCACCACUAACAACAUGCAGACUCAGCCUGAUGAAAGACAACAACCAGCUGAACCCAAGGUUCCACUUGCACAACCACAGGAAGAUACCACACAGAUAAUCGACGCGGUCGAAUGGCAUUUCGAUCCAAAGAACCCAGUGGAAUUUGAUGGUUUGGAUGUCAAAAGACCAGGUACAGAAAACGUUGACUGUACAGUCACAAUCCAACCUAAAGGUGUAACGGGACACCAACUAGAGUACUCCAAAGAACUUUCCUCCAUCAUUGGGAAAUCCAGAGGGUCGCUGCACGAUGCAGUGUACUCCCUGUACAAAUAUAUUUUGAUAAACAACCUCUUAAGCAGCAAUGGUGUGCUGCCAACGGGGGGGCAUUUGCUAGACGACGAAUCAGAGAAUAAGAACGGUGAAAGGACCAUUGUGCAACUAGAUGAUUUCCUAGCAACGUUGCUUCCACAGGACUUACAGGGCGCCGACAGAGAUGGAGACGUAAAUAUGACUGGUGACGAGACCGCUGAACCUCUACAGGACUCCAAGAAAACGAUGAAGUUAACCGAGUUUUUGCCGCUAGUCAACUCGCAUAUCCACCCUAUUAGCCCCAUCAGGCUGGACUAUAAAGUCAGAGUUGAUAAGUCAUCCACAUACGGUGAAGUAGUGUUCGACAUAGAGGUACCAGAUAUUGCUGGGCUGCAGGGCAACGCAUCAGGCUCCGCAAACUUACCGGCUGAUGGGUUACAGUUGCUGAACGCACUGGAUGAUAGGAACGCAGAUCUAAAACCUCGCUUUGCCGAGAUGGAUAAGCAAAUCACCACUUUACAGUUACAACUAAACGAUACCGCUAACAAAUACCAAUUCUUCAAUAAAUUGGCACAGAACCCGGUGCCAUUUUUGCAAGAAUACAUUGAAUCCUCGGCAAACGCUCUCAAAGUUCUAUCGGGGGAUGAAGGCUUCAACGAGGAUACCGUUAGAAGAUCGCAGUUCUACAAAGAUAAUGAAGCAAUUCUGUUUGAGAACCUGGGGACACUUCUCGCAAAUGGCAGAAUAUAA